AUGUUGUUGCGUCGGUUCCUGAUUCUAGGCUCAGUGAGUCUGGCAGUCGGGGCUGUGGCUGCAGAGACAGAUUCAGAACAGACUUUACCUCAGUGUGCGAUUACAUGCCAGAAGCAGGUGCUUGCUAAUAACUCGACAACUUGCGCAUCUACCGAUACAUCAUGCCUCUGCGACGACAACACAUUCCAAAAUGAUAUGACCAUCUGUGUUUCAACAAGUUGUAAUGGAAGGCAGACACUCCUCACCAAACGGCUUAGCAAUCGCCAAUGCGGCAUACCUACCCAUAGAGGACGCCCGGAGAUAGAAGCUGCCACACUAGUUCCUCUUAUUCUCUCAACAAUCCUUUUCGCCAACCGAAUGAUUGCUAAAUUCAUGGGACUUGGCGGUGGCUGGGGCGCAGACGAUUUCACUAUUAUCGUAGCUUAUAUCCUGGCAGUAGCUAUAUUCGGCACGAAUGCAGCAAUGAUUCACCAUGGAUUCGGGCAAAACCUCUGGGAUAUUAGCCCAAUGGAUGACAUAACGAUAGUGCUCAAGUAUUUCUUUGCGUUUGUCGUGAUGUACAAGACAGAAAUCUCGCUGGCGAAAAUCUCCGUGUGUCUUUUCUUAUUGAGAAUCUUCCAGUCGCCAAUGUUCCGCUAUACAACGUUCAUAAUCAUUGGCUUGAAUGCGGCGAUUGCGGUCACCUGGGUGCUUACUGAUUGCCUUCGAUGUAUCCCAGUCCACUUGGCAUGGGAUCAAUGGGAAACAGGCGAGAAAGGGAGGUGUGUUGAUUUUAUUAUGGUAACCUUUGUGAACGCCUUCGUCAAUAUCGGCGUGGAUGCAGUCAUGGUGCUCAUGCCCGUCUACGAGGUUAUUAAACUGAACCUUUCUGCGCGCAAGAAGGUCGGUGUGAGCGUUAUGUUUGCAAUGGGCCUAGUGUUAACAGCCGUUGCGAUCAUCCGAGUGAUUGUCUUUUACUUCAACCGCUGGAAUACAAACCCUACAGUCCAACUUCAACCGAUCGUGCACUGGUCGGUCCUCGAAACCCAAAUCACGAUCAUGUGUGCCUGUCUCCCGACAUUUCGCGCCAUGAUGGUCCACCUCUUCCCCAAGAUGCUAGGCAACAGCAGCAACCAGUCAUACUACGAAAACAGAAACACGCCCAACGCCAGAGCCACCUUCGCCUCCAACCAAGCACUCAGCAAAAGUCACAUCAACAAGACCGUUUCUUACACGGUCGACUACACGGCGAACAAGAGGCCUCAGAGACACAGUUUCGUGCAACUGGUCGAAAUGGAGCCACAGGAGCGUGCUUGAGCGGAGAGAAUUCGGUCUAGCCCGAAAUUAAAUUUGGGGAGUUUUCC